AUGGCUGACUUUAGGAAUAUUAUGCAGGUACUAAAAGAAUGUGGAACUUCCAGGGUUGUUAAGCAUAUGGAGCCGGAAAGGUACUUGCAGUCAGUCGGCGCAGCCAAGGAAUUAUACCAGAAUAAAGAUGAAGAAUCAUUGAAAAGGCAAAAACUGGUGUUUCAUACUCCGAGACCAGUGACAACCGAGAACAAUGGUGUUCCUCACUUUUCUUUCGGUGUUCCGGAGGAACGUCCUCAUUAUAAGUUCAUGGCUCACAGUAAAAAGGCAUUGGAAGAUUUACAGUUGAAAAGUGAUUCGUCAUUAAUAAACAUUUGCCAGGGGUCAGACGUGUACAUCGAUGAAUCGAGAGAAAUUUUUCCUUAUAGUCUCGCUUAUGCCGGGUUUCAAUUCGGUGAGUUUGCAGGACAAUUGGGGGACGGAAGAGUUCUCAACCUUUUCGAUAUCAAGGAUAAGGAAUCUAAACUGCAAACCGUCCAGUUAAAAGGGAGUGGAUUAACUCCAUAUUCAAGAUUUGCUGACGGGAAAGCUGUAGUCAGAUCAAGUAUUAGAGAGUUUCUCAUAUGUGAGAGUUUGCACGCCAUUGGUAUUCCGUCUUCUAGGGCAUUGCAAAUCUCAUCGCUACCGAAGACUAGAGCAAGAAGAUCUGUUUUUGAGCCUUGCGCUGUGAUAACGAGAUUUGCACCAAGUUGGAUAAGAAUCGGUAAUUUUGAUUUGUUUAGAUGGAAACAGGAUGAUGAGGGUCUCUUGAAAUUAGCAGACUUUUCAAUCAAUCAUGUUUUCGAAGGAUUGAAAGACUACAGAGACACUGUUGCAUUAAACAGCUUCAGUGCAAAUUAUUUCGAAGGAACGUCUGAUACUGUGAACAACAAAGAGCUACGUUCGUCAAAGGUCGAUGAUGGUUUGACAAAUUACGAUAAAUUAUUCAGACACAUAGUCACGUUGAAUGCAGAGUGUGUGGCAUACUGGCAAGCAUAUGGGUUCUGUAACGGUGUCUUGAAUACAGACAACACUUCAAUUCUAGGUCUUUCUAUUGACUUUGGUCCAUUUGGAUUCAUGGACAAGUUCCAACCACAAUAUACCCCAAACCACGACGAUUAUAAUUUGCGUUAUUCUUUUGCCAACCAACCCACUGUUAUAUGGUGGAAUUUAAUCAAGCUUGCCGAAGCUCUUGUUAUACCCUUAGGUGUAGGUCCAAGUUUAAUUGAUAAACUUCCAACGACUAAUCGAGGAGAGUGGAAAGAUCCAGAAAUUGAGAAGAUAUCCAAAAGGGCUACAGCAAUAAUUAAUCUAACUGGUUUAGAAUAUGAAUUCAGGUUCACAACAAAAUAUGCAGAUUUGAUGGCAAAAAGAUUAGGUUAUGAUUUGAAUAUUCCUGCUACCUUAACGGACGAUAAUUUAAAAUCUGUCGCUGAAAAAGUGACUGCUUUUACUACGGACAUCAUCGAACCUAUUUUGAGAAUCUUGACGGUAUCUGGUGUUGAUUACAAUAGCUUCUUUUUGGCUUUACAGAAUUACGAUGGUAAUUUCCUAGAUGAAGGAGGAAUUAAUGGAGUAGAUGAUGGUCUUUACAGAGUUUUCUUUAAUGAAGAACAAACCAAGAAGAUCAAUGAUUAUUACAUUGGGCAAGAACAAGACGACUCCGGAGAGACGAGAAAGCUAAUUGAAGAAGCAGAAGUCCUAUCAAACUGGUCAAAGGACUAUAAACAAUUAAUUUCAGACUACCCAGAAAGAGUCAAAAUAGCGAAACAAUUCAAUCCGUUAUUCAUCCCCAGAAACUAUAUACUUGAAAGUGUUGCAAACCAUUACACCGAUGAGCAGCGUAAUGAACUCAACGACCCGGAUGCAAAAUUGGACAAUGGCCCUCUUCAGAAAUUAAUAUUGAUGGCAACCAACCCAUAUGAUAAAUCAGCUUGGGAUAGUUCUUUUUUACCCGAACUAGAGAAAAAAUGGACGAAUGUCACUGAGGAUGAAGAUUUGUUGAUGACCCAGUGCAGCUGCUCUAGUUAA